GAAAGGGUCCGGGGAAUGCCCCGGGGGAAACUGCGGGGGCCGGGGCCUGCAGGCGGAGGACUCGGAGCGCAGGGAGCGGUGGGAUCGGAGGCAGCGGAGCGGUGGGAACAGUGCGAGCCCCCGCCCAGGCGGAGCGGCGGGAUCGGAGCGGUGGGAGCGACGGGAGUAGUGGGAGAGGAGGAAAGGGAGCGGCGGGAGCCCCCGCCCCGGCGGAGCCGUGGGGUCGGAGCGGUGGGAUCAGUGCGAGCCCCCGCCCCGGCGGAGCGGCGGGAGCAGCGCGGAGGGAGCGGCGGGAGCCCCCGCCCCGGCGGAGCACAGCGCGCUGGGCUGCGGAUGGAGGGCAGCCGCGCUUCUCCCCGGUACGGAUCCAUGGAAUCCACCCGGUGGCCGCCGGCCGGCGCGGGGCCAGAGGAUGAGGUUGUGUCCAUGGCCGACUCCACCACCACCAUCGAUGACAUCGAGGGAGAGCUCUUCAGGAUCGAGCGGAUCCGGGAGAUCCUGGUGCGCAGGGAGUCGGAGCUGCGCUACAUGAUGGAUGACAUCCAGCUUUGUAAGGAAAUCAGCUGGCUGAAAACAGAACUCCAGAAACUCCUGUCCCUGCCCGAGAACCAGAAGUCCAACGAGGAGAAGCAGAGGGAAGAGGAGCUGGUGCAGCAGAUCCACAAGCUGGUGGAAACGCGGGAUUUCCUAGUGGAUGACGUGGAGUUUGAGAGGCUCAGGGAAAGGGAAGAAGACAAGGAAAUGGCCGAGUUCCUGCAGAGCAAGCUCUCCAAAAGCUACCUCCAGAGAGCAGCUCCUGUCCGAGAGAAGAAGAUGACGUCGAGGGGACAGCAAACCUCCACUCCCUACGUGACCAAGACAGGCCUGACCCUGCUCAAGGAGUGCUGUGGCUUCACCUGCUCCAUCAUGUAGGGCACUGCCAGCCCCUGGCACAGGACACGCCGUGGUCUGCAGCCAGAGUCCACUCCCUGCUCUCCUCCGAGAGACCCAGCAUCCAUCAUUGUCCACAAUUUCCCCGCAGCAGCACCACCGAGGCUCCCAGGCUGGCUGGGCAGGUCUGGCUGCUGGCACAGGUCCUGGUGGCCCCACGUCCUCCAUGGCAGCACAGACACCACGGCCCACCCCGGCUCAGCCUGGGAGCUGUGACAGCAGCGGGGAGCCCACGGCACAGCACUGGAGCAUCCUACACCCAGACCCAGGGAUAAAAAGCACCUGGAGCUGCUGUUGGGAGAACAUCCUGCUCCAGCACCCAGAACACGCUGCGGCCACUGCUGAUGAUCUCCUCCUCACCCUUGCCCCACCCUGGGAGUGCCCAUGGGACGGUUCCUGAGGACUCCUGGUGGGGAAUGUCUGUGUGUCCCAGCUGUGUCCCUGUGGCUGCUCCUGGAGAAGGGCUCAGGCUGCUCCCCUGGGCACAUGGAACUGCUGGAACUGCUGGAAAAGGUGCCCAGCCCAUGGGCGUGACACCGGUUCAUGUGCAUUGAUCUCGACCCAAACCAAUAAAUGUCUGUUGGAAGCUC